ACCAAAGAUUCAAGGAGACUAAUGGGAAUCCUUAAAGGAUCAAAAUCUAACAAUGAUAAUAAACCUUUGACAGGCAAAACCAGAAUAUUGGUACUCUGUAAAAAUAGAGAGAGAAAAGAAGUUAUAGUUGAUAUUGUACAAGUAAAGAAGAAAGCAAAGGGUGAAAUCGAAGCAGCGCGAUCUUCAAAAAAUAUAAAAGAUUCAGAGGAUGGAAGCUUCAUACGAAGGAGUAUCUCACAGAAAGUAGAUAAUCUUAUUAGGGCUGCUAAAGCAGCAAGAAUGAGAAAUAGCAGCUAA